AUGGCCACGGGAGUAGCGCGAUCAGCGGUGUUGCUCCCGCACCGCGUCGGGAGCUGCCCGGCGACUUCGACCUCGCUUUUGGCGACUCUCCCCGGCCUGCGCAAUGCCUCAACGACAUCAGGAAUCCUACAACAUCCCCUCCUUUCACAGAUCAGAAACUUCAGCUCCAAGCCCGUUCAACGGUUAGCUGUAGCGCGAUCGGCUACCCCUAAUUGUUUUGCGCAGCGGCGUCCGAUCCCGUUCCUUCAAAAGCCUCAAUUGCCCCGAUCGACCGCGAUCCUGCGUUAUUUCUCGAACGGGUUCCCCAGACAGCAAGACUCGAAACCUACUACGCAAGCAGGAACGGCGCGUGAGGAGGAGAGAGAAUUGAAGCAAGCCGAGCCGGCUAUCCAGGAUGGCGAACAACUUGACGAUUUUCAAAAAACCGAGAGGGCCGCCAAAGCCGCCCAGGUCAACCUCAGCGCGAAGCUGUCGAAGGAGGGCAAGUCACAAGGCGGUAAGGCCGGGUUUUCAGAGAUAUGGCGGUUGAUCAAGAUUGCACGGCCAGAGUUGCGAUGGCUUGGAGUCGCCAUGAUCUUCCUCGUCAUCUCGUCCAGUGUCACCAUGUCCAUUCCGUUCUCUAUUGGCAGAAUCCUCGACAUGGCCACCAAAGACCCCUCGGAGGAUGCGCGCCUGUUCGGCCUAACCAUGCCACAAUUCUUUACGGCCUUGGGCGUUAUCUUGACUGUCGGAGCCAUAGCCAACUUUGGGCGUGUGAUUCUCCUGCGCAUUGUCGGCGAGAGAGUCGUCGCCCGCCUGCGGUCGUCUUUGUACAGGAGAACGUAUGUUCAGGACGCCGAGUUUUUUGAUGCGAAUCGAGUCGGAGACCUCAUCUCACGCCUCAGCUCAGAUACCGUUAUUGUUGGCAAGUCCAUCACUCAAAACAUCAGCGACGGUCUGAGAGCUCUGUUUAGCGGAGGUGCCGGCUUUUGUGUCAUGGUUUGGCUCAGCCCGAAGCUGACCGGGCUGCUCUUAAUCAUGUUGCCGCCCGUUGCCGUUGGUGCUUUCUUCUACGGACGUGCAAUCAGGAAUGUGAGCAAGGGCAUCCAGAAGAACUUGGGUACAUUGACCAAGAUUGCUGAAGAGCGUCUCGGCAACGUGAAAACGAGCCAGGCAUUCGUCGGUGAGGUCCAAGAGGUCGCUCGCUACAACAACCAGGUCAAGAAGAUUUUUGCUUUGGGCAAGAAGGAGUCUACGAUUGCAGCAACAUUUUUUGCCACGACGGGCUGGGCUGGCAACAUGACCAUUCUCGCCAUGCUUGUAGUCGGCGGAAACUUUGUCCGCGACGGGGCCAUGAGUCUCGGAGACCUGACAUCUUUCAUGAUGUACACGGCUUUCGCGGGAUCCAGCUUGUUCGGUCUAUCAUCUUUCUACUCCGAGCUGAUGAAGGGAGUCGGCGCUGCCAGUCGCCUGUUCGAGCUUCAGGACAGGAAGCCCGGCAUCUCUCAAACGGUUGGACUCAAGGUCAAGUCGGCACAAGGUCCCAUCAAAUUUUCAAAUGUUUCGUUCGCGUAUCCCACGCGCCCGGCAGUCAAGAUUUUCAGUGAUCUGAACUUCGAGAUCCCUUGGGGCAGCAACGUUUGUGUUGUGGGACCGUCUGGUGGUGGUAAGUCGACUGUUGCUAGCCUAUUGUUGCGGUUCUACAACCCCACCUCCGGCUCUAUCACCAUAAAUGGUGUCGAUAUUUCAAAGAUGAACGUUAAGUCUUUACGCCGUCGCAUCGGCAUGGUCGCCCAAGAACCCGUCCUGUUCUCCGGCAGCAUUGCCGAGAACAUCUCAUACGGCAAACCCAACGCCACUCGAGCCGAAAUUGUCGCAGCAGCUCGACAGGCAAACUGCAACUUCAUCAGCGAUCUCCCCGCCGGUUUAGAUACACAGGUCGGUGCCCGAGGCUCCCAGUUGUCUGGUGGCCAAAAGCAGCGCAUCGCCAUUGCACGAGCACUGAUUAAAGACCCUGACAUCCUCAUUCUCGAUGAAGCCACCUCAGCCUUGGACGCCGAGUCUGAGACGCUCGUCAACGCUGCUCUUACAUCACUCCUUAGGGGCAAGAACACGACUAUUUCGAUUGCGCACCGACUGUCGACCAUCAAGCGUUCCGACCUAAUCAUUGUGCUCUCCAACAACGGCGGAGUCGCCGAGAUUGGGAAGUACACGGAGCUGUCGGCUGAUAAGGACAGCGCAUUCAGCAAGCUCAUGGAGUGGCAGAUGAGCGGCGGUGAGGUUCCCGACUCUCGCCCCGGCGAACGAGGUCACAUUACAGAGUCGGAAGAGAUCGAGUCGGACCUCGAGCAAGAGGAGCCGGAGGAGGAUGUAGAGAGUCAACUGCAGGAGGAGACCAAGGAACAAGCACCGCGGCGGUGA